GUGGAGUGUGAUCAGGGGGAGGUAGCUCACUUGCACAAUCUGAAAUCCGAGAAUGUGAUCUAUGAUUUUCCCAUAAAUGCAUAUAUUAAUGUAGGUAUUACAAUUGUAAUUUAAGCGUACAUAGUGAUCAGCAUGCAUAGUGAUGAAAGUCAACCCAAAAAAUAUGAAAUGGCAUCUCUUAAGACCUAAAUGGGAGAAUUGGUUUUGUAGUAAUAUAACAGUACAUUUACCACAUGCUCUAAUAUUUACCCAGACCAUUUACCAGAGACGUGACGCCCUCUAUCGUCCGCGUUUGUCUCUAGAGAUUGGAUUUUCCUAGUCACUAGUCUUUGUUAAGCACUUCAGUACUUCCGUGCCUCGUCUCUCGACUUGCUUCCUGAUUCUCAACUAACGUCAGUUAGCCUACCAAACUGUUAACUGCUAGCUGUUACACUGUCGAAGUUAAUGAAAUAUGGCGAAUACAAGGGAAACGUAAACCACUGUGUAAAGUUGAAUAUCAUCCCAGCUUAUAGCGUUAGCAAGCUAAGUACACCUGCUAUUUGUGUUAGCGCAGUCAUCUGUUUAGCUAGCUAGCUGAGUGGGCUUUCUAUUUGGCCCCUAGUUGCUGCUUCAGCGCAUUAACGUUAGCUAGCUAACGUUGGCGGGUUUGUUGCCUGAGGAAGGAAAUAGUGGAAAUCGUUCUCAAAUGUCAAAAUAAACCAUGGAGAAUAAAGAGAAGGUACAGCUAAGGAACCAUCCACGCAGGCAACUCAAGAAGUUGAGUGAAGACAGUUUGACAAAGCAGCCAGAGGAAGUAUUUGAUGUUUUAGAGAAAAUUGGCGAAGGCUCCUAUGGCAGUGUGUUCAAAGCCCAUUUUAAGGAAACAGGGGAGAUUGUGGCCAUCAAGCAGGUGCCGGUGGAGUCGGAUCUGCAGGAGAUCAUCAAGGAGAUCUCAAUCAUGCAACAGUGCAAUAGUCCACAUGUUGUGAAGUAUUAUGGAAGUUAUUUCAAGAACACAGAUCUGUGGAUCGUCAUGGAGUACUGUGGCGCCGGCUCUGUCUCUGACAUCAUCCGGCUACGCAAUAAAACGUUGACAGAGGAUGAGAUUGCCGCUAUCCUGCAGUUCACUUUAAAAGGUUUGGAGUACCUUCACUUUAUGAGGAAGAUUCACAGGGACAUCAAAGCUGGGAACAUCCUGCUCAAUGCUGAGGGACAGGCCAAGCUAGCUGACUUUGGUGUGGCUGGACAGCUAACGGACACCAUGGCAAAGCGCAACACUGUGAUUGGCACGCCAUUCUGGAUGGCACCAGAGGUGAUUCAAGAGAUCGGGUACAACUGUGUGGCGGAUAUCUGGUCUCUGGGCAUCACAGCCAUAGAGAUGGCAGAGGGCAAGCCUCCGUACGCAGACAUCCACCCGAUGAGGGCCAUUUUUAUGAUCCCCACCAAUCCUCCCCCCACGUUCAGACACCCUGACCAGUGGUCUGAGCCUUUCAAAGACUUUGUGACACAGUGCUUGGUGAAGAACCCUGAAAACAGAGCCACGGCCACCCAGCUUCUGCAGCACCCGUUCACUAAGAGCUCCAAUCCCAGCAGCAUCCUACGGGCCCUGAUCACUGACGCAAUGGAGAUUAAGCUGAAGAAGCAGGAGGAGCAGCAGAGGGAGCAGGACCAGGACGAGGAGGAGAACUCGGAAGAGGAUGACGUGGACCAGGGCACCAUGGUCAGGGCAGGCACUUCUGACUUGGGCACCAUCCGGGCGGCUGGGUCUCUGGGCAGCUCAGCGGGCACCAUGAUUGAGCAUAGCGGCACCAUGGUAUCUCAAAUGGGCACCAUGGUCAUCAACUCGGAUGAUGAAGAUGAAGAUGCUGGAACAAUGAAAAGGAGAGACGAGACCAUGCAGCAGCCUGCCAAACCAUCGUUCCUGGAGUACUUUGAGCAGAAGGAGAAGGAGACCCAGAACCAUGGAGAGUCCCCAAACGUAGCCAACAAUGCAGACAACCGCAAGUUCCCCGCCGAAGUAGACAUUGAGGUGAUGCGCUCGUGGAGUGUGGAGGAGCUGAGGAGGAGGCUGGCGUCCCUGGAUCCUCAGAUGGAACAGGAGAUCGAGGAGAUUCGGCAGCGCUACCAGGCCAAGCGCCAGCCCAUCCUGGAUGCCAUCGAGGCCAAGAAGCGACGGCAGAAGAACUGAGCCACCACAGCCAGCCACCCCGAGGCUGUGUUUACCUCUGUAGUUCGACCGAAGACAUUCCAGUCCGGCAUGCAGACUUGCUCCUUAAGUUAUAUCAGUGCACUUGAAAUUCAUGUUUUUAUUUUCUGUAGGUACUGCUAGAUAACCGGUGUGGAUGGUACUGUAUUAUUAUACAAGCAGGAGGGUUGCCUUUUUUGACUGCCAUACACCAUCACACCAUCUUGAAUAAUACUUAUUGUUACCGUCUUCCUAGUUUUGUCGUAACGACUUGGUACUAACUGAUGGUUCUCGGCAUCACCUGACUGCAGUCUGCCCGCCAUCAUAGAGCAGGAUCCUUUUUUUUCCAGCUUCAUUUAUUUUUGUGUGUGGUAUCCUGUGUAGUAUCCCAUCAGCCAUUCCGCCGCUGUGCAUUGUACAAGCAAAUUUAGACUGAUGGAUUGCUCUGUGUUGGCUACACACUGUUAUUCCACCCCCAGCUAUGAUAAAGCUAUAUCCAAUCUUAUCUUCUAAGUUGUCUGAACAAAACAGACAUGUACAUUCCUCAUUCUGUUUAAAACAGGGCCGAAAUGAAAAUGUUUCAUUCAUGUGGAUUUUCUGGUGAAGUGCAGAUGCUUGUGGUCAAGUCUGUGGCCUUAAGUGUAAUCACCUGAAUCAUCUCCUGUGGUAUCGCAGGCUUUAAGAGGACCUAUCAACUCGCACAAUUUACAGAGCUGUGCCCAAAGCUCAAACGGUUACACAGUUACAGGUUACAAACAAGUUCAAAACACAAUCAUGCAUAGUCAUCACAAAGCUAUGGUGUGCAUGUCUGCUAAGUCAGAACUAGCGAAGAUAACAGCCUAAAAAGAGGAUUCAUUAGUUACAAAGCCAGUGUUUAAAAGUGAGGGAAACAAUGUUUGAGUACAAGGGAACAAAUCUUAAUGUUAUAUUGAUUUUUAGUCUGUGUGAACCAAUGAACAAUAGUGCACUUUGUUGAUUUAUUGCACUGUGCAUUUUUAAAAAAAAUAUAUUGUCUCGUUCAGUAACAGCACAGUUGAAAUUUGUUAUUUUUCUAAUAAGAAAAGAUUUUGAAAGCCUUAGGGACUUUUUUUAUAUACUGAAAGUGUAUAUUGGUUCUAAAAAAAAGGAACACACAUCUGGCCUUUUUUGUAAAACAGGAUUUGCAUGUUUGUGCGCAUAGCUUCUCAGGUUGUAUUGUCUCAGGUGAAUUUAUAGAUAUUUCAUAGUUAUAUAAUAUGAAUACAUAUGUACUAUAAACACAAUUCUAGCCACUAUAUCACAAUUCUAUUCACUAUUAUGUCCUGCUGAUUCUAAAGGGAAGAUGCAUGUAUUUAUUUUGAAUUGCCUUAUUAUGCAUUGUUAUAUUUACCUAUUAUGAUGUCUAAAAGCAUUGGAUUUGGUGUCUACUGAAUUGUUACAUGUUAGGACAUGUUAACCUGCCAAUGUGUCCCAUGUGACUACCAUAAGGAUCUUUUGGAGCACAAUUUGAAACCAGCCUUAUUUGUGGUCCAUCACAUAGUUUGUGUCAUUUUAAGAUUCUGCUCUGAGAAUGGGCUCCUUUCUCCCCUGAUACAAGUCCUGGCUGGUCGAUUGAAGUAGCUAUCACUGGAAAGAUUUUCUGCAUAAUGUGAAUGAUGUAGCCUACUGUUGUUUGCAACUUUGAGUUUCCUUGGUUGUGCUAUUAAGUUCUGACUGGUCCUGCCUUAAAUUACAAAAGAAUAUCUCUAUAGAAACGGUCAGUGUUUUGCAUUUAGAGUUUGCCUGUUUUUAUGUUUGUUCAAUUAAACAGAUUCCAGUUUAUG